AUGUGCUUGAGAGUUCGGCGGAUGGCUAGCCAUUCCUUCGUUUCUCGGAAUUGCUGGUGGCACUUGACGGUGCAGGCAUGUCGACACAUCUCUAGUUCGUUUCGCAAAAAUGUGUUGCAUCCAGGUAUGGGGCAUUCAACCGCCGUCGGGCUUGUACUCGGUGUUGGUGCCUUCAUCUGCUUCAAAACCGUCCUUGUGACUUGUUGUUUGGCGUAUAUCCGUUCCAAUCUCUGCGAUGAAAUCUUUCGGUUCUUUUCCGUGGACGUGGUUGUCGUUGCGUGA